UUAUUGCACUUUAAACUAUAGGUAUGCCAUGGGUAUCCACGCUGUGGCCCCUGUCAAAGCAAGCAUGCAACUCAGCGUUUUGCAUUGACAGCUGUACCAAUGCAAUCCUUUGAAUGUGUGCAGCUACAGAACAGUCUACUCUUCAAACAAAAGGAGGACCAUUGACCUCAUGCAUACACAUAGUGAAAAGUCAGACUCACCAGGGCCCCUGCCCUAACCAGUUCAAGUGUAUUUGUUUCAGGGACAGAGGAGGUAGCAUUUAAAGGAUUUUGCCACCAUCAACAAAAAGGGCAACACAGGUUAUCUAUUUCUCUUUUGCCUCUUAACAUCUCUCUCUCCCUCUCUACUCUCUCACUCCCUCUUUCCCCAGAGGAUAAGCAAAGAGGGAUUUGCCUCGGAAUCAACAAGUGUACUUUCUCCUUCCUGCAUAGUCAAAGCGUGUGUCAGGAUGUACAGCUUUAUGGGCGGUGGCCUGUUCUGUGCCAUUAUUGGGAACAUCCUAAUAGUGGUUUCCACAGCGACAGACUAUUGGAUGCAGUAUCGCCUCUCAGGCAGCUAUGCCCACCAGGGCCUGUGGAGGUACUGCAUGGCCAACAAGUGCUACAUGCAGACAGCAAGUAUAGCAUACUGGAAUGCCACACGGGCAUUCAUGAUCCUAUCGGGAAUGGCGUGCUUUGCGGGCAUCAUGGCAGGCAUCCUCUCAUUUACCAAUUUUUCUGCCUUUGAGAGAUUCAGUCGUUCCUUUGCAGCAGGAAUCCUGUUUUUCAUCUCCACUUUGUUUGUGCUGCUGGCUAUGGCGAUCUACACUGGCGUAACCCUAAGCUUUCUGGGCAAGCGGUUCGGAGACUGGCGCUUCUCCUGGUCCUACAUACUGGGAUGGGUGGCCAUGCUCAUGACCUUCUUUGCAGGGAUAUUCUACAUGUGUGCCCACAGAAUGUAUGAAUCCCGGAGAGUGGUUGGAAGUCGCUAACCUGAAGAAGGAAAAACUGCAGGCAGCAGAAAGUUUUGGCUCAGAAAUCAUCAGGAACUUCAUCACACCCUAAUGUUAUAUAAGUUUAAUAACUUUAAACUUAAAAAAUACACUGACAAAUUUAUAGUUUAAAACCACAUUGAAGGACUCUUUUUUUUUUUACACAUGCACAUAUAUUUGUAUAAUUCUGCACAGAUAAAAAUACCAGCCUUCACAAGUGUUUAUUUCACUUUUCAUAAUUUUUUUUUUCAAUAAAAUUCCACAUCAAAUCA